UAAUUUUUUGACAGUAGCGACAGAAGAAAAAAUGUUAAUUUACUUAUUUACAAAAUGAAAGUGAUUAAUUUGUAAUGAAUAGCAUUAGUUUAUUAAUAGAUUAGUGUGCAAUUUAUCAAAGAGAUGCCCUUUGUUAAGGAUCCUUGUGGAAUAGCAUGUCUCUUUGUAACUUAUAUGGCGAUUAUUUAUGCGGAUUAUGUUGUGAUUAAAUGGAUUAUUCUGCAAAGCAUGCAAAACAGCAUUUGGGCGCCAAUUCAUGUGAUCCUGUUCAAUACGAUUGUCUUUCUGCUUGCCAUGUCACACCUGAGAGCUGUCUUGUCUGAUCCGGGAAUUGUCCCAUUGCCCCAAAAUCGUCUGGAUUUUUCGGAUAUUCAUACCACGGAAAAAGGAGAGAUGGAAAAGGAGGAAUGGACAGUGUGUACACGUUGUGAGACAUUUAGGCCACCUAGGGCACACCACUGUCGUAUCUGCAAACGAUGCAUCCGUCGAUAUGACCAUCAUUGUCCCUGGAUCAAUUCAUGUGUAGGCGAAAACAAUCAAAAGUACUUCCUACAAUUUCUAGUCUAUGUCAUCAUUCUUGCAAUGUACUCCAUCGUCCUCAUUGUAAUUUCAUGGGUAUCGCCUUGCGAGCUGUGCUCUACAGAUACAGCAGAUGCACAAUCGCGCCUUUUGCACAGUGUUCUGCUCUUCCUAGAGUCAACGCUCUUUGGACUCUUUGUCAUAGCCAUUAUGGUGGAUCAGAUGCAUGCAAUUCUGUAUGAUGAAGCAGCAGUAGAAGUUCUUCAACAAAAAAGUAUGUAUCGUCCUUUUCGACCAAAGUUUGCCCUCCUUGCAGAUGUAUUUGGGCAGGAACAUCCACUUCUCUGGAUGUUUCCCUGUGUCAGUCUCAAUCGGAAAUACGAUACCCCACUCCUCAGUCAAGACAUAUAAGUUAAAAAGGUAAAAAAUAAAUGUAAAUCAAUUUGAAACAUUAUCUUUUCUGCAAAAUUAUUACAUUUUUUUCUUAAAAAGCUUUAAUUUAUAUUUAAAAUUAUUUGAUUUUCAAACAGGUGUGUGAAUAUAUUGUUUUUAAUAAAUAUAUUUUGCAAACGUGCUAAGAACAUAAGCCCAGAGUGGUCCGUAUAGAAAACCUUUGGGAAGUAUUACACUUGGGAUUAGCGGGAAUCAGUGUGUUAAUUAUUGAAUUAAAGUACGUUCGUUAUCUCGUUCAUAAUAAAUUUUCUAAUUCAUUUUUGAGGAUCAUUGUAUGGAUUAAAAGGGAAUAAACUUCAUGGCCCUCUUGCAUAGUACAUAAUGUUUAGAGUCCUUUUUUAAUUCAACCUGACAAUUCUAUAUUAUUGAAAGAAUUUUAACUAAAACUGAUAUUCAACAGCUGGCAAAAACAAUCUGGCGAUUAGAAAAAAAUAAUCAAAUUUUCUUAAUUUGGAAAUUCUCUUGCGCUAUCAUUAUCAUUUUGAAACGAAUUUAAUUUUUUUUAAAUUAAUUUCUUUUUUAUGUGUCUCAGAAAAAAUUGGAGUUUUUCGUGGAAAUAAUACAAACAUUUUUUUUCGCAUUUCACUUAGUUUCAUUUAUUUAUAAAAGAUGCUAUAGCUUAAUUUCUUCGUAUCAAACACACAGAAUAUGAUAGGAAUAGGACCAAAGUACAUAAUGCAUUAAAGCAUUUUAUUGAUUUUCUUUUGUUUUUUCUAACUUUUAAACAUGGUUAAAAUGAGGAGAGAAUUGAUUAUAGGGAAAUGAUACUUUGGUGGGAUCAAGAAGAAAAAGGCUUCAUAUUAAAAGAAAUACUAGUCGAAAUAAAAAAAAGAAACUCAAAAUUACGAUAAAUUGGAGAAGAGAUGCUGCUAGCAUUAUUUUAUUUUUAAAUAAAUUGUUAAGUAAUUUUUGCAGUAAAAAAACGAAACAACUUUCGGAAUUAAUAACAAUUCAAUUCUAUACAUAUUAGCAUUUAUAUUAUAUGUAGGUAUGUAUGUUUGUACAAUACAUACAUUGUGUAAUUUUAUGCUAUCUUCAAAUUAUUUCUUUUUUAUCACAAAAUAAAAGGAUUUUUUAUCUCUGAUGUAUUGAGGUUAAUAUAGGAUCGUUUCUUAUAUUGCUAUUUAAAUAAAAGAUUUCCAUAAUAAAAAAUAAUCAAAACUGAUCUAUUCUAUAAUUUUAGAUGUUUGAUGUAAUAGUGAAUGUCUGAAUUUUCCAUAAACUUCCAAAAUCAAUUUUCGCAGUAACAGAAAAAUUAAUUUUUGCCAUGAGUAAAUAGUUGAAUGAGCUUCAUAAGUAAAUAAUGUAAAUGUGGGUUUGCUUAUGUUUUUGGCAAAUAUUAGACAAUGAAUAAAAGAACAUUAUGUUAGGUUAUUGGGGUAAUGAUUUUGAUUGUCAGUUAUUAUAGUUUUUUUUUAUUAAGAACAUGCGUUAAAAUCGACAAUUUAAACAAUAAUUUAGCAACAUGGCAUCAGAUAUUUUUACCCUCUUAACUCUUUAUAAGGGGGGUACCUCCUGGGAUAAGCACUGUGCAUUCCCUUAUGUAUAAAAUAUUAUUUAUAAAUACUCAAAGUAUUUUCUAGUACAUGAGAAAGUGCACAUAAUUUUGUAGAAAAAAUUUACGGAAAAUAAUUUUUUUUAGCAGAAAUAUAAUGAGAUGUUUUACAUUCAUAAUUUAGGGUUAAAUAUUCUUUAUUUUAUGUAAAAGUAUGUCUUUUAAAGUCAAACACACUGUAAUGUAAUCUUAUGAAGAAAAAUACAUGAUUGUUUUAUAAAUUUAACAACUACACAAAA